CUUGCGUUCCCGUGAUGCGGCCUGGUCCUGGGACCGCCUUGUUUCGGCAACAUCUAUGUUUCGACACCCAUCACUGCCUCGACCUACCUUCCUUGUGCAUCUUCUCUCUGUUUUGUUUUUGGGUUAUUUAUCCCUUGGCUAGCUAAAGACUGGCAGCAGAAAAGGGCGAGAUGGAGAUGGAGAUGGGCAUGGGUGGUGAUGGCAUGGGAGGCAUGAUGCCCCCAUCAGCCCCAAAUGGGAUGCCCAUGCCAAGCGGUGGCGGCGGCGGCAUGGCGAUGCACAUGACCUUUUUCUGGGGGAAGCGCGUGGAGAUCCUCUUCUCCGGCUGGCCCGGCGAUCGGGGCGUUGGCAUGUACCUCCUGGCCCUCCUCUUCGUCUUUGUCACCGCUGCCCUUGUCGACUGCCUCUCCUCCAUCUCCCGACGACCAGCUGCCGCCGCCGGUGAUCGCCGGGUCUCCAAUGCCGUGCUGCCGACCACCCUCCAUGCCGUCAGGUUGGGGCUGGCUUACCUCGUCAUGCUCGCCGUCAUGUCCUUCAACGUAGGCGUCCUCAUCGUCGCCAUCGCCGGCCACGCCGUGGGUUUCCUGGUCUCGGGUGGCGGCCUCUCCAAAGGGGAUCGGUCCAAUGAACCGGAAGCCCCGACCAAAGCCAUGGAUUCAUAACUUACCUCCAAACACACAGUCUGGUUUCUUUGUUGCCGCAUGCUCGCUUGUCAGUAAUAUUGUAGGGCUCUCGUUCUUGUUUCGCCAGGCCCAUCGUUAAUGUUCAAGCAAAAUAUCUGCUAUUUAUUUCUUGUCAUGCUACUAUUGACUGAAUUUUCUACUUUUUAACAUGUGAGACGCUCCUGGGUAAAGGAUU